AUGCUCUUAAGCCCGAACCACGUAGUGCUCUGGCUGCCAUUAUGCUUCUUGCCGUACAUUGUGCUCAGAAUCUUUGCUGUAAGAUUGCAGUCAUCGAAUAAGCAGCGGCGUGCUGCAAUAUUGCAUGAACUCGGACGCCCCAACAGCCAAAUAGUCGGUUUUUUCCAUCCGUAUUGUAAUGCGGGUGGUGGAGGAGAGCGCGUUCUUUGGACAGCAAUUGCAUCUAUACAGCGGUCAGAAUCUGAUAUUGUGAACGUGGUAUACAGCGGCGACACGGAUACUACCAAAGAGCUCAUCCUCGACAAAGUCAAGUCCAGGUUCGCUAUAAGUUUGGAUCCAUCUACCAUUCAUUUUGUUUUCCUUGCUUCUCGCAAGUUGGUGGAGGAUUCAUCUUGGCCGCGGUUUACCCUCUUGGGCCAGAGUAUCGGGUCUAUGUAUCUUGCGUGGGAAGCUGUGUCUUUUCUAAUCCCAGACUUGUACAUUGACACUAUGGGAUAUGCAUUUACGUUCCAUGUUGUUUCAUUACUCGGGAAUAUCCCCGUUGGUGCUUACAUCCAUUACCCAACAAUAAGCACCGACAUGCUGGCUCGGGUCAAAACGCGAACCAGGGGGCACACCAACUCAGGUGCCAUUUCCUCCUCCUCCAUUUUAAGUCGAGGAAAGUUGCUGUAUUACAGGGUGUUCAUGUACUACUAUGCUUUAUCUCUGCAGGUGGCAUCGUUCCUUAUGGUCAAUUCGUCUUGGACGAAAAAUCAUGUAGACGGUAUCCUAAACCAUUCCGAUGCAUUGCUUGAUGCUGUACACAUGAUCUCUCCCUUAAUACUUGUGCGUCUGCUGUUACCGUUUCGUUCUAGGACGACGAAAGCCCGGAUUGUCUAUCCCCCCUGUGACACGCGCGAAAUGGCUCAGUUCACACUACAGGGUCGUCAACGAAUUGUCCUCAGUGUUGCUCAAUUCCGACCCGAAAAAGAUCAUUCCACACAACUCCACGCCCUUCACGAGUUGUUGGAAAGCCAUCCGAAGUAUAAGAGCGGUGGUGCUCUCCCAGUCAAACUUGUUCUUGUUGGUGGUAGUCGUAAUGCGGACGAUGCUGCCCGUGUUGACAGCCUUCGUGAACUAGCCAAGGAGUUGACGGUUGAGAAUCAAGUCGAGUUUGUGGUGAACGCCUCUUACCCCGUUAUGCUUGGUUGGUUAGCCAAAGCCAGCAUCGGUUUAAGUACCAUGGUUGAUGAACACUUUGGUAUCAAUGUGGUGGAGUUUAUGGCUGCGGGUGUGAUCCCCAUCGCUCAUGCUUCCGGGGGACCUCUGAAAGAUAUCAUUGUCCCGUUCAAUGGCUUACCAACUGGGUACCACGCAGAGACGCCUGCAGCUUUUGCGGAUGCAAUCCACACCGCAUUGACCCUUCCCACGGACGAAGAAUUCGCAAUACGACUGCGGGCUAGAACAUGGGCUGUCCAACGAUUUUCCGAGGAAGAAUUCGAAAAGGAGUGGAAUGAAAGCGGAUGGAAGCUGCGUCUGCCAUCGGCGCAUUAA